UAUAAAUAAAUGAUGGUUGCUGGUCUAAUUCCAUAUUCCAUACUUUGUUUUCAGUCCUUUAGCUAUUCUAAAUUGUCAUAGCGAAAACGUUUCUCAAUGAAGUCGCAGCUCUUCUACUCGCUCUCAUUCAUUUGGCUUGCUUUUGUAGUAACUCAUGCAGCAAUAUCGCCAGAAGUUUAUUGGAAAGUUAAAUUGCCCAACACUCAAAUGCCCCCAAGCGAUCGAAGAUUUUCAUCCCCAAGCAGAUCAUAAUACUGACAGUAAUCAGAAAGUAUACUAUGGGACCCACCAAUAUGGAUUGUGGCCUUGGCAUCAUGAAGCUACAGAGGAUGAGAUUCGGGAGCUGAAAUCAGAUAAUUACAGACCUUACUUCUUAGAAAAGGAGUUGAAGAAACGAAAGAUCAUCAACUUUCGCCCCCUGAAAAAUAAAAAUGAUGCCCCAUUUUUGCCUCGCCAAUCCGUGGAAUCGAUUCCCUUCUCGUCGAAAACAAUCCCACAGAUUCUGAACCAUUUCUCAAUAGAUAGUAACUCAAAGGAUGCUCAAAUGAUUAAGAAAGCAAUCAAAUUUUGUGAAGAGCCAGAAAUGAAAGAAGAGAAGAAAUUCUGUGCAACUUCUCUGGAGUCCAUGGUAGAUUUCAUCUUAUCCGUGCUAGGAACAAACAAUAUUCUAGCAAUUACAGCAAAGGUAGAAGGGGAAACUCCAAUGUUGCAGAAAUAUACCAUUGAAGAAGUUCAACAGAUAUCUGAUGGUGAUAACAUGGUAUGCCACAAACUUAAUUACGCGUACGCUGUGCAUUAUUGUCAUGCUGCAGGAAGUACGAAGACAUUUAUGGUAUCUAUGGUUGGUGCUAAUGGAACAAGAGUAAAAGCAGUAUCAGUGUGCCAUAAAGAUACAUCCUUUUGGACCCCUAAAGGAUUGCCUUUCGUACUGCUCAAUGUUAAGCCUGGAACUACCCCUAUUUGUCAUUUCCUUCCAAAUGAUCAAAUCGUCUUUGUCCCUUCUAAUUAAGCUAUGUGGUAAUUAAUCUUAAUCCUAAGAGUUUGGGUAGCAUGUAACUAGUAUGGUGUGAUUACAGAAUCAUGCUACUUGUCUAUUAUCUGUAAUAUAUCUUUCUUAUAAUGGAAAUGAUUCUGGCUUCAAUUCA